CCGGGGCCGCGCGCUCUGCCCGCCCCGGCGGCGAGGCGGGCGGGGGCUGCCGGGGGCGGCGCGGGGGGCGCCGGGCAGAGCCGCGGGCACCAGCCAGGCGGAUCCGCGCUGCUGCCGGGGCUCCUCCCGCCGCGCACCGCGGGCAGCAUGCCGAAGAGAAAGUCUCCAGAGGGUGCUGAAGGCAAGGAUGCAGCAAAAGUAACUAAACAAGAGCCCACGAGACGAUCAGCAAGAUUGUCAGCUAAACCUGCUCCACCAAAACCUGAACCCAAACCAAGGAAAACCACGAAGAAGGAACCUGGAACAAAGGCCAACAAAGGUGCUAAAGGGAAGAAGGAUGAAAAGCAAGAAGCUGCAAAGGAAGGUACUACACCAUCUGAAAAUGGUGAAAAUAAAGCUGAAGAGAUUCGCAUCUCUCGCUCAGCUGUUAGUGUUUCAACAUCCAGAGGUGCCCCACCCAGCACACUGUCAGUAAAAGGGCAGAUGAAAGUUAAGGGUACGGUAGAGCAUUCAGCAUGUGUGCAGUGAAUAGAAACAGAUAGUAGUGUGGUGCUUUUCAGUAUGAACAAUGGAAGCUGACAGGUAAGGCUUGUAUUGCUUUCAAAAAGCUGGGACCAAUAAUUUUAAGAAAAGGGUGUGAAUGUACCUGUUUUGUUUAUUUAAAUGCAAUAUGGACGUAGGUUUGAAACUGAGCUAUUGCAAAUAAGGAAUUGAAGGAAUAAGGGUAGUUUGGGUAUUUAGGUACGUAACAGCCAUUUACUAUAGUAAUUAAUUUCUUUCUUUCUUCU